AUGGGAACUGUUUCGAGCAAAAUCGAUGAUUCGGGGACCUUGUUCUUCAAGGACCAGAAUAGAUUUGCGAUCGCAAAUAUAACUGUUCUGAAUUCGCAUGGGCGAGCACUACUACAUAUUACACCAAAUGCAUUUCCGGCAUCGAGAUAUAUCGCGGCGCGUGAUUCUGGCGAUGACUCUCCCGUUGAAUAUGUGCAGGACCCCGACCCUCCGCAGUCUACUUCGAUACCCUCCUUCCUCCUUCGGUUGAACAAUGACGAAGAACUUUCAUUCAAAUUCACGUUCAUAAUCAGGCAGACACAGUCGGGUCAAGUCUACAAUUCCAACAUCAAUGGAGUGGCAACUUCUCUACCAGAGACUACGGAUACAAAUCUUAUGGGCCUAACAUUUGCGCAUGCGUCCAACAUCAAGGAACUCGAUAACUUGAUCACAAGAGAGUUCCAUGCGAACCCGAAUUUACAAAACAAUUCGAAUGUACAGUUGGUGGGCGAUUUCUCGACUAGUGGGAGUCCCUCGGUUCAGUUUGAGUGGACUUGGAAAUGGAAACCACCCAAGGCGGUAGAAGAUAAGGGAGGCGGGUGGCGCAAUAGCUGCAGUUUUCUCGAUUAUGAUCAAAGGACCAACCGCCUAAACACCUUGGCGAAUCUUACGUUUUGGAUACAAAACACAUCGCGCCCUGGCUCUAGCCCGCAAUUGAUGUCACCACCGCACUUGGAUAUUGGGUAUCCCUCUCGCAAUCGCGUGCCGUCCAGUCAGUCGGCUUUGUCGCAUUCGAGCGACACAGAAGGCCCUUUCGGCGUGGCAGGACAGACGGUUAAUCAUGGAGAGCUUGCAAUCCCUAAUCCACCAUCGUCGUCUUCUUCCAUUCCGGUCCCCAACACGCCCGCUCCGGUCAAAGUCGAUCUUCCGUCACGACAAGGUGAGGAUAUGAGCGCCGUGGAGGAUGGUCCAUUAUUUCGUGCGACUAUGAAAGCACUCGAGCAGAAAACAGGGAGUAUGCGAACGAAGAUUAAGAAAGUUCUUAAGAAGGCCGAGGCGGCUCAUGUGGCGCAGUUAGCUUGCAACGAUGCCGUGAACGCAUUCAUUUCUGCCCUGAACGAUGCGUCCACCUCCAAUGCUAAUGCUAUUCAGCCAGCCAUGGAGCAUUAUUUUGAGAAGAUUGCGCGGGAGAUCCUGAAAUAUGAACAACUCAACGCUGUUCAGCUCCAGAAACUCGUCAUCGAGCCAUUGACCAAACUAUAUCAGAAUGAUAUCAAGCAGGCAGAAUCCAAGAAAAAAGAUUUUGACGAAGAAAGCAGGGACUACUACGCCUAUGUCGGUCGUUACUUGGGACAACGGCAGGAUUCACUAAAGGAAAAGAAACGGGUUGAGAGCGAUUCCAAGUAUCAGACUAAACGACGCAACUUUGAGCUGAAACGAUUCGACUAUUCAUCUUUCAUGCAGGAUCUUCAUGGUGGUCGAAAGGAACAAGAAGUGUUGUCACAUCUCACCAAGUAUGCAGAAACACAAGCAAGAAACUAUCUGUCAACAGCUAAGAAAGUGGAGGAUAUGCUUCCACAACUGGAGGCAUUGGUACGAGAAGUUGAUCAAGCCGAUAAGGAAUUCCAGUUCAAAAGGACAGAAAGAGAAGAGAAACGACGUGCUUUGGAGAAAAGCAGUAAGACUUAUGUGGAACCAGACAGUGCAAGUACCUCGGCUGCAAUUGGAGCAGUAAAUAGUGCACAGCAGCCGGAAACAGAGCUCAAUCGAGCAGAUAGUACUGGCUCCCAGCUCAGAAACGUGCAUAGUAAUGCAUCGUCAGUCUCUUCACAGACAGCUCAGUCUCCUGGGCAAGUUGGUCUUACGAGCUCUCUGUCCAAUGCCAGCUCUACUGGUGGCGCAAACCGUUUCAAGGGCAUUCGCGAUCUUGAAGAACGUGAUAGCUCGUCGGUAUCUGGUCCCGACAAACAAGGUGGCCCUCAAAGAAAGGAAGGCUUGCUCUGGGCUUUAUCGCGGCCUGGCUCGCAUAUUGAUCCUAAGGGUAUUAAUAAACAAGCAUGGCACAAGUUUUGGAUUGUGCUGGAUCAGGGCAAACUUUCCGAAUAUAGUAACUGGAAGCAACGGUUAGAUUUGCAUAUAGAACCCAUCGACCUUCGCAUGGCCUCUGUUCGCGAGGCUAGAAAUGCUGAACGUCGUUUUUGCUUUGAGGUUAUUACUCCUCAGUAUAAGCGCAUAUAUCAAGCAACUUCCGAAGAAGAUAUGAGUAAUUGGAUAACGGCCAUCAAUAACGCUCUACAAAGUGCGGUUGAAGGGCAGAGUGCGCCACCAUCCAUGCCUCCACCAUCAUCGCACAGCGAGAGCAAUUCCAUCCGGCGUGACAUUGGCUCUAUCCUGACUGGUAAAAGCUCUUCUUAUUCGGGACAACAUUCUUAUUCCACUACCACAUCGGCAAAUGCGAAUAGUGUCAACCGACGGACAACUGUUGGUGCACGACCAAGCUAUAUUCGGAGUGACAGUCAUAGUUAUGAAGAAAACCCCGGCAAAUUAUUGCAGACUAUUCGAGAUGCUGACCAUGGGAAUAAGUGGUGUGCUGAUUGCGGGUCUACGCUCAAAGUUGAAUGGGUAUCGAUUAACCUCGGGAUUGUACUGUGCAUAGAAUGCAGCGGUAUCCAUCGUUCUUUGGGGACUCAUAUCUCAAAGAUUCGGUCGUUGACGUUGGAUGUGAACUCGUUCUCGAAUGACAUUGUGGAAAUCCUAUUGCAAAUCGGAAACCGGGUCAGUAAUAUGAUCUGGGAGGCCACUUUAGAUCAAUCGUUGAAGCCUCAACCGCAAUCUUCUCGUGAACAGCGAUUGAAGUUUAUCACUGCCAAGUACGCUGAACACGCAUACGUACAACCGUUAGUGGCAGGACUAUCUCAUUAUAGUACUCCUAACGAGACACUAUUGGCAUCGAUCAAGAAGAAUGAUAUACAAGGAGUUCUCUACGGCAUAGCAUUGAGAGCCAACGUCAAUGCUACAGAUCGGUCACGGAACACGCACACCGUCUUUCUCGCUCUUGCUGCCGCCGAUCCAGCCACUCCUGGAUCUACAUCGCCUGGAUUCUCUCCCGUGAGCACCGCCAAACAAGCACCACCCAAACCCAUUCCCUUCCCCAUCGCCGAACUCCUCGUACAGAACGGAGCAGAGAUCCCACAGCAACCAGCGCCUAUUCUUCUUUCGCCAGCGGCGCAAUUGUACAUUAGCCAACGCACGGCUACCAUUUCAGGUUCCAUUCCGCCAUCAACAUCAACUGCCAUAAUCAAUAAUAAUAUCCCAAGUUCUGGUAGAUCAACGGCCGAUACUCUAUCAUCCCUACCCCUAAUUCGAGGAGGGUCGAAUUCUGAAGCACAUUCAGCGGCCCAUGCCCUUGCGCCGCUUGACAGCAAGGAGCGAGAAAAACUCCAGAAGAGGGGUAGUGCCGGUGCAAGAUUCGCAGGCAAAGUUUCAUCCUUGGGCGUUGAUAAAUGA